UAUUUAGAUACUAUUUUAUCAUCAGCUCAAUUUGCGAUACCUUUUUUAUAAAUACAGUAAAAGCGGAACAGGAACUAUAGUCUGUAGCACUCCCAAUAUAUGCCAGUAUUGCCUGUAAUCUUAGACUAGUGGAGAGUACUUUUAAACUAAACAUCUAGCUCUUAAAACACACAUUUUAAAUGCAAAGACCUCUUAAAUAUUCCUAGUGCUACGAAAUACUAAGCCAUAGGCGCAGAUCAGUGACAACUAUAUAUAGAUCGUAUAUAUACAUAUGUUGUCGAAGACUUAUUGUACUUACAUUAAUGGAGAGAAAUUGUAUACGAUUUAAUUUGACAUUGAUAUAAAUAAUAAAAUGGCAUUUGGCUCUACGAACCCAUUUCAAAAAAGGUUUUAUUCCGCCUAGAUCAGCACGGCGAGCACCAUGGCCGAUUACUUCGAUGAGCUGGGACAUACGCCCACGGGACCGGAGGGCGCUAACGAUUUCGAUCGAAACUAUCGACGUCUUCAGGUCCUGGCCAUAAUGAAUGGCAUCGAUAUGGAGAUCGAAGUGCCGGAGGCAUCGAAGAGAGCUAUAGACGCGCUGCCCAUCCAUGAAAUUGCAGCCGACGAGGUGAAGCCAGAUUUCGAGUGUUCCGUCUGCAAGGAGCCGGCCGAAGCUGGCGCCAAAUUCAAAGUUUUGCCAUGCAAACAUGAGUUCCACGAGGAAUGCAUUUUGCUGUGGUUAAAGAAGGCCAAUUCAUGUCCCAUUUGCCGUUAUAUCUUUGAAACGGACGAUGAGGUAUACGAGGAGCUGCGACGUUUCCAGCAGGACGAGCCCAAUCGACGGCUGCGCCAAGAUAAUUUGAUGGACUCCAUGUUUGGCUAAAAAAAAAUAAUGUACACAUUUAUUAAAUAAUUUUCAAUGGUUUUGGUUUGAAUUUGGUGUCGUGUAAAAUGCAAUAAAAUAUAAAAGGAACUUAAAA